CCGACGCUCGAGCCAGAAUUGCGCACGAGAGCGUGGGAACCCGCUCCCCAGCCCAGCGGCCGCGAACCCAGUUGCAGUCCGCAUGGCCGCGAUUGCGAGCGCAGCAGCAACAAACCAGCCCGAGACCUAGCAUGUGGACCCGAAGCCGCUCCGCCAGAGCUGAAAACACUGAGAUUUGGAGCCCAGACUCGCUCGCGCCCGCCUCGCGCCGUCGUGUGUUUCUGUUUUGUUGAUUCUCGUUAUUCUGUCCGUGGUUCGAGCCGUGUCUGUCAGUCGCGCUUUUGAUUUUAUUGCGUUCAAUUCGCCGCUCGUCGCUCGCCAUCGACACGCUCUGCCGUUGCCGUAUUUGCGCUGCGCAUGUCCCACGCCGCCCUUCGACGACGCCACUGAACCUACGACAAGUGACAGCCACCCCCAAAAACGUGCGUGUGGGGCGACGUUUAUGACGUUUCCGUAUCAUUUUGUCAGUUUUCCUCGUCGAAUUGCCGUGGAAACUUUUUUUUUAAUUUUCCAUUUUCCGGGCCUGUGUUCCCUUUUCGUUGGCCACGACUUCGCAGGACGUUGUCUGGCAAGUGGUCGGGAGUGCGGACCUUAGGAGCGCGACCUUUUCCCGAAGGGUUACGUUGUCAUCGCAGGACAAGCCCCCGCGGACACCGUUCAGGGAGAAAGAAGCCCUAACCGAGUCAGGAACUUGUACAAAUUGAUAAAUUCUGUGAUAAAACCGCGCUGAACGAAUCGCGCCUCGCCAGCCCCUAUGCGAUCAGAUUGUCGACACAAAUUGCAGCAGGCAUAGUAAGUCCAUGGAACGGCUGGCUGCAGGCAAAACAGAGCGCGAGACGCGAAAAACGAAGAAAUAAUGAAGUAAAACGAAGAAGAAAAAUUUCAAAACCUGUUGACCUAAUUACAUGCAUUGCAAAGAGCUUUCGUAGUUGCGCGAGUGUUGGAGUCGAACGGGCGAUUCGGUCGCGAACGCGGUCCCAGCGUCGUGUUAUGUGCAUGUGCGUGCGGCCCAAUUGUGUGUGCUUUUGAAUUUUUGAUUUCUUGUAUAGCUAUUGCUAAAUGUUUGAUCUCGACGUCGAGUGCCUUCUUGUGACCCGUUGCGCGCACCGCUCCAACUCCAGCUGCACGGGCAUCCACUGAAACCGAGGCUGUUUCGCAAGACACUCAUUGGAUACGGACGAACCACGGACUCUCCCCAACGGCUGUUGUUGCAGCAGCCCCACGAGGACAAGGACCUUACUGGACACGCAUUCCCCCAGCCGCCGUCCUCUAAACAAUGGUUCAUCGCUUUGGACGGGUGGUGCAGCGUUUCAAUCUCGUCGGAAACACUCACACUCUGAGGAUGUAAUUGGCCCCAAUUUCACGCUGCCCCAAUUACUUCUACUUGACUUCAUUCCAUUCUGCAGUCUCGUGUCGACCACUUCUCGCCAAGAAGAUAAUCCGCGCCCCGAAUUCCCAUUCCGACCGACCGCCAGCGCUAAAUUGGGCCAAGUAGCUGUCGUUCUGAAAGAAAUCGGAAAUCGCUUUGUCGCCAGCCCGAAAAGUGGGCACACAUUCACUGGAGGCAGCAAACGAAUGCACUAACCACUGGACGACCUCCAGCCUCGAAGCGCCAAGUCCGCUUUGCCCACUGCCCGCGUUCCGCUCGGACCCAGGGUCUUGGUAUCUUUCGUGUUGCGGCAGGCCGCUCUCGUUGCCUCGCGUGGAUUUGAUGGGUUGCGUAUUUGGUGCAUGAUUGCAGAUUCAGGUCAAUGGGGAUUUGAAAGGUACCGAGCGAGACAAUUGGUCAGCGCAUCAGAAUAUCGGCCAAACGAUAGAAUCGAGCCCAAGUGGCCAGCGAAAUCAGCCGCAACAAGAAAUCCGAAGAGCAGCCCGACCUGCCUAACCAUCCGUCCAAACACUCGAGCAGUGUGGCCUAUCCAAAGUCGGUAGCAUUGAGCGCCGUGAGCAGAGCGUUAGUGGGGCUCUUCCAGCCAGCGUUUCUUCGGGCCAGACUAACCUGCCAAAUGGCCGACGAGGCUGAUUCCGGAACCAGUAACACAACAGCUAUAUACCCACCCGAACCGCCUACAACCAAUGAAGAUCCCGAUAAUGAAAAUGAAAAAGUUUCGGCAUCGAACUCCAACUAUGAUUCCAAUGAUGGAAGUUCCCCUAUAUUCCGCUGCGAACGCUGUGAUAAAUUUGAAACACAGUCGCAACCAUUGCUUUUGGUGCACUAUGUUCAAUGCAACAACACUGCAAAUGCUAGUAGUAGUAUUAAACAACAGGAUGCCGAAGAAAAUGAAUUGGACAAUUCGCUGGGUUCGGCGACCGUGUCGGAAAGCGAAAAACAACAACAGUCCCGAAAGUUGUUCGAAUGUGAUGUAUGUAAUAUGAAAUUUUCGAAUGGUGCCAAUAUGCGACGGCACAAAAUGAGACAUACAGGAGUUAAGCCUUACGAAUGUCGAGUAUGUCAAAAAAGGUUUUUCCGCAAGGACCAUUUAGCUGAGCACUUCACAACACACACGAAAACUUUACCCUAUCACUGCCCAAUAUGCAAUAGAGGAUUCCAAAGACAAAUUGCAAUGAGAGCACACUUUCAAAACGAGCAUGUAGGUCAACAUGAUUUAGUUAAAACAUGUCCGUUGUGUAGCUUUCGAGCGGGAACGAUGAAAUCCUUGCGAGUUCACUUUUUCAAUAGGCACGGUAUCGAUUUAGAUAAUCCCGGACCGGGUGGCCCGUCCUCCUUACUAUUAGCCUUAGAGCCACAGAAUGCUGCACACUAUUUGCCUUCAUUAAGUACAACAGUUGCGCCUGCACCUAGUUAUAGUGAUAGUGGAGAUUCCUUAAGAUCUGCUGACAAUGCAACACCACCAAUGCAUUUUCUUACACCACAUGUAGAAAUUUCAAUGGCAGAAAAUGCUGAUUCAUUUCAUGGUGACACGGGAACUUCAAAAGUGCCCAAUUCGACGCUUGAAGUGCAACCAUCAAAUGGUCCAUGUGGAGGCUCACCAUCAUCACCUCAAUCGGCCGAUUCAAACUCAAAUAUUCCAUCUAGCUCACAUACCUUAGCUUCUUUAGUACAAAGUCCACGACCAAAUCAUUCCGAAGGACACAUAACACCGUCAAUCAGUUUGAUUCCUAUAAAACAAGAACCCACCAGUGAGGAGUAUUCGGAAAAUAAAAAUGGAAUUGCAAAUUCUAGUGAUCAAAUUUCAGUGAACUCAGGAGUAACGAAUUCACCAGAAUCGGCAACGCCUACUAGUAGUUUAACAUCGCUAAUUAAGGUGUCACCAUUAAAGUCGCUUCUGCGGGAGGACCUGAAACGAAGAAUCUGUGCACGGGCUAGCAACCGAAUAACUCGAAAUGGAGGUAAUGUCAAUAGUAAUAGCGCGACUACGUCACCCGAAGCUGCGAGUUGCAACGCUGCCACAACAUCGAAUGGAGUUAUCACGUCAACGGGACAAGAGGGCGACUUACUAGCACUCAGUCGAAAAAAACAACUGCAAUGCUUAUUCUGCGGAAUAGAAUUCCCUGAUCAGACAUUGUACUUCUUACACAAGGGCUGUCAUAGUGAAAGUAAUCCAUGGAAAUGUAAUAUAUGCGGUGAACAGUGUAAUAACGUUUAUGAAUUUAAUUCGCACUUGUUAAGUAAAAGUCACCAAUGAGAAUAGAAGAAUUAUAUUUUAAAAUUUCAAAAGAAACGAACUAGAUACAGUUUUAAAAAAGUUAGAAAAGGACAAAAUAUUUUAAUGAACAAAGAGUACAUGAAAGGGUUAAAAGUAGUUCAAAAACCACAUUCCUUCUCCACUCCUCAAGUGAAAAUGAAAAACAUGAUAGAAAGAGUUUACUAUAUAUAUGAGAGUAUAUUUUUACUAGUAGAAUUAAAGAUACAUUAGUUUUAUACACAAAGAAGAAAAACCACAAAGAGUACUUAAUAUAUUGCAUAGUAAAUAAUUUCAUAGAAAUUAAAUGGUAAAAAGUACAGUAUUUUUAUAUUACGAGAACCUGUAGAAGGUCUCUCGAGUCUUGCCUGAUGUAAAUUAUGAAAACAAAAGAAGCGAAAGGAAAUUAGGUGAAAAAAGAUAAAAAGACAACAGGAAAUUCAAUUGACAAAAACGAAGCGGUAAAAGUUAUCAAAUGACCAAGCCACAAUGUAGCUAGUAGGUUAAUCAACAAAUAUAUGAAAGUGAAGGCAUUACAAAGGAACAGGAUCAAAGUCGUAAAACGACUCUAAAAACCCAACAAAGCGAUUAUAAAAAGACGUUUUAGAAGAUAUUGUGUAUGAGAACAAGAACAAAAACAUUUCGAAUUCCAUUUUAAUUUAUGAUUUUACGAUAGUCUCUCCCUUUUUGGCAAUUGGAAACGCAACGAGGGAAGUUUAUGUAUAAAAAUUAGAUGAAAGUUCUGUGGUUAAAUCCGUCCAGAAAAUUUAAUUUUCAUUUAUUUUCAAUCUUUGAUUUGGCAUUUUGCUAUGUAUAUCUCUUAUUUCCUUAGUUUGUAUGAACAUAUGUGAAUAAGUACUAGUUUAAACGUAUACAUAUUUUUUUAUUUUACUUUUUAUUUGGGAGGUACUGUUAUUGUGAAUUCAACAUGGAUAAUUAUUAUAUAAAUGAAUGUAAUAGGUAGUUGUUAAAUUUGUUUUGUUGUAUUCUAAGUAAAUUUUAUUGUUGUUGUACAUUUGAAAUAUAUAUUACGAGAAUUCCAUAAUUUCAA